AUGUCUGCCCCCGAAAAGUUCACCGGGUUCCAGUCGCCCAGUGCCGAGAACUGGCUCGACUUUCAAAAGAGGUCGUGGGUGCCCCGGCCGUUCGGGGACCACGACGUGGAUGUCAAGAUUGAGUGCUGCGGCGUGUGCGCCACCGACGUGCACGUCGCACGGCAGGACUGGGGCGAGACGCCCUACCCGGUGGUGCGCGUGGGGGCCAAGGUGACGCUGGCGGGCGUCGGCCAGCGCGUGGGCAUCGGCGCCCAGGUCUACUCGUGUGGUGACUGCAGGCACUGCAAGAACCACAACGAGACGUACUGCAAGGAGCAGGUCUGCACGUAUGGCGCGCCGUACCCUGGCGUCGACCACUACACGACGCAGGGCGGGUACUCGUCUCACGCACGCGUCCAUGAAUACUGGAUCUUCCCCAUCCCCGACAGCAUACCCAGCAGCGACGCCGCUCCGAUGAUGUGUGCCGGCGCCACCGUAUUCAGUCCCCUGAAACGCUUCGGCGCGGGCCCCGGGGCCAAGGUAGGCGUCAUAGGCAUCGGCGGGCUCGGCCACUAUGCCAUACAGUUCGCCAAGGCGCUCGGCGCCGAAGUCUGGGCCAUCUCGCGGUCCCGCGCCAAGGAGGCCGACGCCAAAGACAUGGGCGCCGACGGGUUCCUCGCCACAAGCGAGGAGGGCUGGAACGAGCCGCACAGGAUGACCUUCAACCUGAUCAUCUGCACGGCGAGCUCGUUCCAGGACUUCCACAUGUCCCAGUACCUGAGCCUCCUGGACGUUCACGGGCGUUUGAACCUGGUGGGCCUGCCCGCCGACACCGUCAAGGUGUCCACCUUCGAUUUCAUCGAGAACAGCUGCUUCCUGGGAGCCACCAACGUCGCCAGCCGGCGCGAGGUACUCGAAAUGCUAGAAGUUGCGGCUGCCAAGGGCGUCAGGUCGUGGGUGAAGGAGAUCCCCAUAUCCACUCAAGGCAUUCAGAAAGCCAUAGCGCAGAUAGAGGAUGGUAGCGUCCGCUACCGGUCGUGCCUGGUUGCAUACGAUGAAGCAUUUGAAGGCUAA